AUGAGCCCUGGCCAAGAUAUUCUUUACAUUGGUACUGCAGAUGGAAAGAUUGUGAAAAUUGACGGGAGAAAAAUCAGUGUUGUGGCAACUCUUGGCAAGCCUCCAUGUGCGGGUUCUCCUGAGCAAGAACACGUUUGUGGACAGUCGCUUGGAAUCAAAGUGGGUCCGAAUGGCACCUUGUUUGUGGCUGAUGCCUACCUGGGCCUGUUUGAGGUUAAUCCUGUCACAGGUAAGAUAAAGAAAAACAUCUUUCUUUUUUGUGGUGUGGUGUUUCACUUUCUGUAUUGUUUAAUUGCCCAAAGGAUUCAUGUGGCUGGUCUCAAUAAGGGAGGCAUGGACACUUUUAUAGAAAACCUGCCUGGCUUUCCUGACAACCUCCGCCGCAGUUCCUCUGGUGGUUACUGGGUGGCCAUGUCUGCCAUCCGGCCAAACCCUGGCUUCUCCAUGCUCGACUUCUUGUCACAAAGACCCUGGAUUAAGAAUCUCAUAUUUAAACUCUUCAGCCAGGAAACACUACUGAAGUUUGUGCCACGCUACAGUCUGGUGGUGGAGCUGCAGGAUGGAGGAACAUGUGUGCGGAGUUUCCACGACCCACAUGGCACUGUGGCAGCCUACAUCAGUGAGGCCCAUGAGCACAAUGGUUACCUUUACCUGGGCUCCUUCCGCUCUCCUUACCUGUGUAAACUUGACUUGAGCAAAGUGUAAAACAGUUCUACAAGAACAUGGGACUGUAAGUCAUUGAGGCUUGAUUAUCAGUCAUGUAACAUUUCCAACAAACCAUUUUUGUACCCUCUCUCCUGAUCCACUGCUGAACUGAGAAACCCGAGUCCUUAAUACGUGUUCCUGCAUUUAA